CCGGACGCGGCGGCGCCUGCACCAUGGCGGAGGACAGCGAGUCGGCGGCCAGUCAGCAGAGCUUGGAGCUGGACGAUCACGAUACCUGCGGCAUCGACGGAGAUAACGAGGAGGAAAAUGAGCAAACGCACAGAAGUCCUGGAGGGGAGACUGGAACCAGAAAGAAGAAGAAAAAGCAAAAAAAGAAGAAGGAAAAGCCAAGUUCUGCCAGCACCAAAUCAGACUCUGCUUCAGAUUCACAGGAAAUCAAAGUUCAACAGCUUCCUUCAAAAAAUCCUUCGGUACCAAUGCAAAAAUUACAGGACAUUCAAAGAGCCAUGGAAUUGCUCACAGCAUGUCAAGGCCCUGCUAAGAAUCUGGAGGAGGCAAGUCAACACAGAUACCAGUUCUGGGACACACAGCCGGUACCCAAACUUAAUGAAGUGGUGACAACUCAUGGUUCUAUUGAGCCAGAUAAAGAGAACAUUCGUCAAGAGCCAUAUUCUUUGCCUCAGGGCUUCAUGUGGGAUACUCUGGAUAUGGGCAAUACUGAGGAGUUGAAAGAACUGUACACAUUGUUAAAUGAAAAUUAUGUGGAAGAUGAUGACAAUAUGUUUAGAUUUGAUUACUCACCUCAGUUUCUACAGUGGGCUCUUCGUCCUCCAGGCUGGUUACGACAGUGGCAUUGUGGAGUCCGUGUAUCUUCAAACAGAAAAUUAGUGGGGUUUAUUGGUGCCAUUCCUGCCAAUGUCCGUAUUUAUGAAAUUGAAAAGAAGAUGGUAGAGAUUAAUUUUCUUUGCGUACACAAGAAGCUGAGGUCGAAACGUGUCGCACCGGUUUUAAUCCGUGAAAUAACACGAAGGGUGAAUUUGGAAGGGAUCUUUCAGGCAGUGUACACGGCAGGAGUGGUUCUUCCAAAGCCUGUAGCUACAUGCAGGUACUGGCAUCGAUCCCUGAAUCCCAGGAAAUUGGUAGAAGUGAAGUUCUCCCAUCUCAGCAGAAAUAUGACUUUACAGAGAACCAUGAAGCUCUACAGAUUACCUGAUACUCCCAAAACAACAGGUUUAAGGCCUAUGGAGGAAAAGGAUGUAAAAAGAGUACAAGAGCUCCUAUUUAAUUAUCUAAAGCAGUUUGAACUUGCUCCUGUGAUGAAUGAGGAAGAAGUGACCCACUGGUUAAUGCCACGUGAAAACAUUAUUGACACUUAUGUGGUAGAGGGUUCUGAUGGCAUUCUGACAGACUUUGUAAGCUUCUACACAUUACCUUCCACAGUUAUGCAUCAUCCUGUUCAUAAGAAUCUUAAGGCUGCCUAUUCUUUUUAUAAUGUUCACACUGAGACCCCUCUCAGUGAUCUUAUGAAUGAUGCACUAAUAAUUGCAAAAUCGAAAGGAUUUGAUGUUUUGAAUGCACUUGAUUUAAUGGAAAACAAAACAUUCUUAGAAAAACUGAAAUUUGGCAUUGGUGAUGGAAAUUUACAGUACUAUUUGUACAAUUGGCGGUGCCCAGAUAUGGAGCCUGAAAAGGUUGGUCUAGUGCUGCAGUAGAACAUUCUACCAUCUCUGUGGUAGCCUCUUCAUAGAAUCCCAGGGUCCAAUACCAUGCCUUUGAUCAGUGACAAAAGUACAAGCUCAACACAAUUCAAUUAAAGCAGCUAGUAGUUUCAACCAUGUUUUGCUUUCAACAGAAUGGAGACUAUUGAUUCUUUCUUGGGACUUCAUUUUACUGUGCAUUGGUGUUGAUAAUUCCAUGGUGUUUUGUUGGAAGUUUAAGAAGUUAAUUUGAAUAACUAUUUGCAAACCGAAUGUCAAUUCUCAUAAAUAACUGAGGAUUUUGUAUGCACUUUGUUUUACUGAAUUCCAGAGGCAGAUCUGCAACUAGAUUUUCAUGAUAAACGUGUUGCUGCUGCUUUAGAUAGGGAGGAACAGGAGCCUUCUUUUGCAGAAUGGCAUUUAAGUAUUUUGUACAAAAAUGAAGUGCGCAAUAGUAAAUUGUGUGAAGAAGAUUGUUAAUAUUAUACCUAGCAGGUGUUCUUGUACUGCCAGACAUCUCUAUUUAUUGACCAGUGUUUUAUUUUAAAUUGCACACACUGGAACACUGAAGGACCCAUAAUAUGACUUAACUAAUUUCUACUUUGUUCUGCGAUAAUACAAAUUUCAGAAUUUCCAGCAAAACAUGAAUCAGAGUUCCAUGUCAUUCUGUUUGUGCCUCAAUGUUGACAGUGCAAUUUGGCUGCUCAUAGUGUUCAAUCAGGCUUACGUGUGAAAGAGGCUCCAUUUCCCACAUUAUUUUUCUGAUGUACAGCUGGAACAAAAUUUUGUCACUUAGUUUUUAAGCUUUUCAAGAUGCCACCUGGUGUGGCACACUAGCAGUGGUAAAAAUGCUUGUUGUACAUUUUCAGAGGGCAGAGACUGAAGUCUGGGAAUUGUGACGUUUCAGCUAUAAGCCUGGGCUGUAACUAAUUUUUAAGUCCUUGGCAAGGCAAUGCAUAAAUAGCUGAGUCAGUGGCUGAUAAAACAGCAUCUGAAGAAAAUUGCUCAUAGAAAAUAUAAAAUCAAAACAAAUCAUGGUGGAUUCGUUGCUUUUUCCUACCAUUGUUCUUUCAUUGUAAAUGAAAAGUUGGGUGUUUUCUCCCCAAAUACCUAGAUAUUAAGUCAGGUGUGUGUUUUUUUUAAAAACUGCUCCUGUGAGAAACUGACAGACUAAAUCAAAGGGAAUACUUUUUUAAAGAUUUGAAAGCUUUGUUGUAUGUUGUGUUUUUUUUUCACGAAUUACAUCGACAGGAAGAGUUUAGGCCUUGUCUGAGCAUGUUUAGCUGUUCAGCAGCUUUAAACUUUGCCUAGUGAAAUGACAGGUUGCAUAUAGUUUUCUUUUAUAGUUGUGCAUGCUUCAUUCAAAAGGCCCCACACUAGAAAAUGUGUGCAAGAAAUUAUUCAAUCAGUUCUCAGUGGAGGACAUUCAUGGUUUAUAUGUUGCCAGACAAAGAAUGUACUUUUUGGUUUCAGUAAUGUUUUCAGUUCAACAGCAUGACUAUUUGAUGUCUCAAUUAAUAAAAAACAUUUCAACUUUG